CGGAGGGAGGAAGGGGCCGGCCCUACAGUUGGCCUCUCCGGGCUCCGGAGACCCUCUUCGCUCCGCCCGCUUUUAGCUUGGACUGUGGAAGGCUCCUCAGUGUUGGCGGCUAGGGCUGGCGGCUGGGGCAGGAGGGUGCUGAUUUCCGGACGCUUUUGCUUUCUUUUCACUGAUGACGUCUAAGGUUUCAGGGUCCUUUUUGGAAGCUCUUGCCCUCAUCCCUGACUUGGGCAAUGGGGCCGGUGGGGUUUGGGGGCGAAAGAGACUCUCGGGGUUGAGAAGCAUGUGGUGGCCUUUCGUCCCCUGUAAAACAGUGGCAUAAGGCUAUUUUGGCAUUCUGCUGGAUAUAUGUUCGUAAAUAUCAAAGUCAACGGGAAAGUGAAGUUGUCUCCACCAUAACAGCAAUUUUUUCUUUAGCAAUUGCACUUAUCACAUCAGCACUUCUCCCAGUGGAUAUAUUUUUGGUUUCUUACAUGAAAAAUCAAAAUGGUACAUUUAAGGACUGGGCUAAUGCUAAUGUCAGCAGACAGAUUGAGGACACUGUAUUAUAUGGAUACUAUAAUGAAGAAAUUGAUGGGAGAGAUGUUGAAGAUCACUUUGUUAGUGAGUGAUAUAGCUCAAAGUGGUUCUUAUUUCCACAUCUGGAGCUUCUUACUGUUAACUUUGUAUUCUGUAAUAUUGUUCUGUGUGUUCUUCUGGAUUCCUUUUGUCUACUUCUAUUAUGAAGAAAAGGAUGAUGAUGAUACUAGCAAAUGUACUCAAAUUAAAACGGCACUCAAGUAUACUUUGGGAUUUGCUGUGAUUUGUGCACUGCUUCUUUUAGUUGGUGCCUUUGUUCCAUUGAAUGUUCCUAAUAACAAAAAUUCCACAGAGUGGGAAAAAGUGAAGUUCCUGUUUGAAGAACUUGGAAGUAGUCAUGGUUUAGCUGCAUUGUCAUUUUCUAUUAGUUCUCUCACCUUGAUCGGAAUGUUGGCAGCUAUAACUUACACAGCCUAUGGCAUGUCUGCGUUGCCUUUAAAUCUGAUAAAAGGCACUAGAAGCACUGCUUAUGAACGUUUAGAAAACACUGAGGACAUUGAAGAAGUAGAACAACACAUCCAAACUAUUAAAUCAAAAAGCAAAGAUGGUCGACCUUUGCCAGCAAGGGAUAAACGCGCCUUAAAACAAUUUGAAGAAAGGUUACGAACACUUAAGAAGAGAGAGAGGCAUUUAGAAUUCAUUGAAAACAGCUGGUGGACAAAAUUUUGUGGCGCUCUGCGUCCUCUGAAGAUCAUCUGGGGAAUAUUUUUCAUCUUAGUUGCAUUGCUGUUUGUAAUUUCUCUCUUCUUGUCAAAUUUAGAUAAAGCCCUUCAUUCAGCUGGAAUAGAUUCUGGUUUCAUAAUUUUUGGAGCUAACCUGAGUAAUCCACUGAAUAUGCUUUUGCCUUUAUUACAAACGGUUUUCCCUCUUGAUUAUAUACUUAUAACAAUUAUUAUUAUGUACUUUAUUUUUACUUCAAUGGCAGGAAUUCGAAAUAUUGGCAUAUGGUUCUUUUGGAUUAGAUUAUAUAAAAUCAGAAGAGGUAGAACCAGGCCUCAAGCACUCCUGUUUCUCUGCAUGAUACUUCUGCUUAUUGUCCUUCACACUAGCUACAUGAUUUAUAGUCUUGCUCCCCAAUAUGUUAUGUAUGGAAGCCAAAAUUACUUAAUAGAGACAAAUGUAACUUCUGAUAACCGUAAAGGCAAUUCAACCCUUUUUGUGCCAAAGAGAUGUGAUGCAGAUGCUCCUGAAGAUCAGUGUACUGUUACCCGGACAUACCUAUUCCUUCACAAGUUCUGGUUCUUCAGUGCUGCUUACUAUUUUGGUAACUGGGCGUUUCUUGGGGUAUUCUUGAUUGGAUUAAUUGUAUCCUGUUGUAAAGGGAAGAAAUCAGUUAUUGAAGGAGUAGAUGAAGAUUCAGACAUAAGUGAUGAUGAGCCCUCUGUCUAUUCUGUUUGACAGACUUCUGUCUUAAAGGUUGUGUAAUGCUGACUGAAUAUCUAUUAUGCAUUUUUAAAGUAUUAAACUAACAUUAGAAUGAGCUAACUAGCUUUCAUCAAAAAUGGGAGCAUGGCUAUAAAACAACUAUAUUUUAUUAUAUGUUUUCUGAAGUAACAUUGUAUCAUAGAUUAGCAUUUUAAAUUACCAUAAUAAUGCCAUGUAAAUAUAAAACUACUGGCUUUGUGAGGGAAUGUUUGUACAAAAUUUUUUCCUCUAAUGUAUAAUAGUGUUAAAUUGAUUAAAAAUCUUCCAGAAUUAAUACUCCCUUUUGUCACUUUUUAAAAACAUAAUAAAUCAUUUGUAUCUGUGC